GACGGCGGCUGUGAGGCCAUCGCGGAUGCGGGCUCCGGCAAGGGGAGGUGAAGAGUUUUCGGCUGUUAGUAAUUUGGUGGUAGGCUCACUCAUUCACUAACAGCAGAUGCCAAGAAAAAUUAGGCGAGAGGGAAGUUGAUCCUUAUCUCUGGGGGACACACUGUAAUGCCAGUUGGGGACAGAAAGCCAAGUUCAGGUUGGGAAAGGACGGAAAGGUUCUUGUCACUAGCGGAUAUCUCGUUGAUGUGGUCGAAGGCUUGGCUCCUUUCUUGGGUUGGGAACAUGGCGGUCUCGGUGUUUGGCAAGAUGCAGUUCAGCCAGCAUUUGUUGAGAUGCCAAAGGAUCCCAAGGCGGCAAUCGUACGGACUCUUCAUCGAGCUGCAAUCUAUGACUGCGAUUCACAGACGACGAUUCUCGAUAUUCCGUGGCUCGAAAGCCUGAGCCCAGACGAUCCAGACAUUUUGGCGCUGGAAAAGCGUGGCUGGGGCAAAGUUCUCAGACACGCCAACCUCAACGAUUUGACUCAGUUUCGCAAGCAGCUCAAUGACAAUUUCCAACCUUGGGGUCGAAAAUUCAAGUCCUUCUUCCCUCAGGUGCAAGAUGUCGGAGAUUGCGUGGACCCUAAGCCCUUCUUAGAAUCACUUGACAAGCAUGUUGGAAUCGUUUACCCGGUCUUCACGACGGAGAAGGGGCUUUUCGGCACCGCAAUUCUCCAACAAAUACGGAAGGGAGACUCGAUCUUCAUUGUACCGGGCUGUUCAGCGCCCUUGAUUAUGCGACUGGAAAAUGGCCACUGGCAGGUCAUCUCACAGUGCUUCGUGGAUGGCCUUAUGUGUGGGGAGGCGAAGACUGCGGUGGAUGUAGAUGGCUGCAAAUUGACAGAAAUCCGAAUAAGUUAGAUUAAGAAUGACCUUCAACUUUCAACCC